AUGUAUAAAUUGCGUGUCAAAGUAGGCCACUCGUAUGAUCCUUCAACUCACAUUCACAUAGUACCAAAUGACGACCAACGCCCAGUGUACAUCGACACACCACAUUUCACUGGUCGUAUUUGUGUUCGUGUGCGUGACUUUAAUGGAUUUGCGCCGGAAGGUAAAGAACGUAUCGCGUAUAGUCGAUACUUUGAUGGGAAUUCGGAUCAAUAUUCGAUACAGGUGCAAGGAAGAUUUAAAGGCUCUUGGACUGGAGAUGACGUUGUAUUUGGGAAUGACUUUGAUCAUAAAAUAGAAUUACCACCACUUUCUUGGCUUGGACUAAAAAUACUACAAAUCAUUGAUCCUGCGUUAGAAGCAGACAUCUACGGUGACAAACCAUGGGCAUAUUCACCGAUCCUAGUCACAAUGAACACGAUCCGUGUCUCAGAAGCACCAAUCGAACUUGAUAAAGAUGAUUCAUCUCGUGAUCGUGUACUACCCAGUUGGCCAUCAAGUGACGGAUCACAUGUUAAAGAGGGUGAACUUGUAUCUUUUGAUCCAACCAAACGACGGAAAUAUUUCUCAAAAAAGGAGAGACGGGUCGAGUUCCAAAUUAAGGAGAGCCAAGUCUGGGAUAUUGAUUUCUUUAAUUCGUAUGCUGAUUUCAAUAAUUUUGCUGUGAAAUUACCGGGAUUCAGUAUUAGUCUCGCCCCAUUCUGGAAAAGACAACCUCUUCCUUUUAGAUAUGUUUGCAAGACACGUGAUUCUUCAGCAGUGUUCUUUGUAGUAAUAUUCGAUGUGACUUAUAUUGAAGAUGUGAAUGAUAAUAAAUCAGGGAAGGGUGAUAAAAACCAAGAUUUGCAAAUGGAAAAUAUCGAAACUGAUGACUCAUUGAAACCUCUACCUGAUUCAAUUGAAAAUAAUAACCACCACCAAGAACUUGUUUCAGAAAAUAGUAACAAAGACAGCCAAGAACUUUUUAAAACAACUCAACAAACACAAUCUCCAAAAUCCACAGCAACAAAAACAAAUAUAUUCCAAAGGGGCACUCGAGGAUUAAGUUCCAUAUUUCGCUCUAAUUCUCAACCUACAGCUAUUGACGCUGCUCAAAGUAAUACAAACAUAUUAUCAACAUCAUCAUCGUCGUCACCGAAAGAAUCAGUUUUAGAGUCUAAAGAAAAUAACGACACAAAGCAGCAAAAAAGUGAAAACCCCAAAGAUGAAAAAAG